AUGGGGUCAGGUGCUCCGAGGCCGGACGAAGCCGAAGCUGGGCAACACGGGCAACAGCAGCAGCUGGAAGAAAGUUCUGCUUGGUGCAAUGACAAGUGUCAGCUGGAAGUGACCGCAGAGGGCAGUCAGCUGCGUGGCGAGACCAACCUGGGAGACUCUAGCGCGGCCGUACUCGAGGCUCCAACGGCCAGUCUGCCCGGGCUUCAAGGUGUCCGUGCAGCCAAUGGUGAUCGACCCGGGUCUGCUCGAAAUGGUUUGGAAGGUCCCGACCUCGAAAGCCGAUCCGUGGCGCUAGCCCGUUGCAUAGCUCUGCCAUUUGUGCGUCUCCGCAUCGCGGUGUGCAUGCCCAUGACCUUCGUUCGACCUGGCAGCAUGCAGCCAUUCGUCUUCCAAGUCAUAGACUCGAACGUGUACGAUGUCACGGAGUUUCGGACGAUGCACCCUGGUGGUGCGCAGAUUUUGUUGCAGCAUGGUGGAUCAGAUGCGACAGUUCCAGCUCAAGCUGCGCAUGGGUCGAGCAAGAAGGCACGAAGCUUGAUGUCGAGAUACUGCAUUGGAAGACUUGCGGAUGGUGAAAUCGCUUCGGGCAACAAGGCUCUCACUCCUGAGGAACUUGGCAACAGCGCUGUUGCCACGGCUCCUGCAGUUCAGGCUCCGGGCAAGGUCGUUGCUUUGGAGGACUUGUUUCAAGGUGAAGAGGAAACACGCCCAUCCAGCAAGGUGGUAGCUUUGGAAGACCUGGGAAAUAGCCACCAGGCUUCGAAGCCUCGGAAGGUCGUUGCAUUAGAGGACUUGGGCCAGCAGCGCGAGAUGCCUCCGCAACCCAAGCCAGCGAGCAAGGUGGUCGCCUUGGAGGACAUUGGCAGUGAUUCGCCCCCGCGCAGUGCGCGGAAGGUCGUUGCCCUCGAAGAUCUCGCAGACGGUCAAGCAGUGGUCCGACCCAGCAAGGUGCCGACGUUCAAAGAGCCAACUUCAAGCGGGAGCCAAGAAGCCUCUGACGAAGGCGGAGAAUCUGGAGAACUAGUUUCUGCAGCAGAUCUGGAAGAGGAGGCCAACAAUGCUGCUCGCAUCAAGCUGCUGUUGGACAGCUGGGCCCUUGCUAACAAAGUUGAGGACGAGGUAGACACACAAGCAAAGGCCGACUCGCCAGAAGAUGAGGACUCCUUGGAGAUCGCCGACGAGACGCAAAAUCAGGCUCCAAAGAAGAGCAGAUGGGCAAAAAUGAAAGACUGGGGAAUGCAACGCAGCAUGGAGUUCAAAGGACGCAGAAGUGGAGAGCAAGCUUCGCAUUCCAUGGAAGAUGCGGAUCAAGAAAAAGAGGAAACGGUGCAGAAUCUGCUGGGCAGCAACGUUCCUGCAACGUACGGUGAGAUGUUCGAAUUCAAUGCCACCGUUAUGGGUUUCGGGAAGCACAGAUGGCUGCGAGAGGUCAACCGAUCUUUUCAUGACAUCGUCAAGAACGCUGGCAACUCUUCUCGCCUGCAGGAAGAAUGCGAGGUACUGGCUUUACGCAUCUGUAAGACAGUGGACGGGGACGUGAAUCUCUCCAUGUAUCGGUCGGCCAUGUUGGCAGCACUUCGGUCCAUGCUUCCAAAGACCUGGGAUCCCAAUCACGAGACGGUUUGGAAUUGGCUGUGGGAGAGCGUUGAAGUUGAAAGCAACCUCCGCCAAAUUCUGUACAAACCACGUGCGUGGGAGCCUGCGCUCCUUCGACUGAUGUCACUGUGGUCAGAGGACGAGAAGAUCGCGCUGCGCAACGAAGUUUAUGUGCGCUUCUUCCAGGUGGCCCCGCAGGGUCAGGAAUUCUUCAAGCAGUCGGACACGAGGCUGCACUUCAUCGCGACACGGGCCAUGGACAUGACGUCUGAGCUGCUGGCCGAUCCUUGGGAGAUGACCGAGCAGAUCUCUGCCCUUGGUUUGCGCCAUGUGGGCUACGGAAUUCCGACACAUCUCAUCGGCCCUUUCGCAAACGCUUUCGUGGAGGUUUUGUGCGAAGCAGCACCCGAAGAGCAUGAAGCACUAGAAGCCUUCAGGUGGUCGGUCGUGCUGGUGGCGAAGAUUCUGGUCCGAGUCAUCGAAGAGGGCGCCACGAUUGUGAUGAAAGCAAUUAAUGCAAACUCGGCCCUGCAGCUCAGAAAGGCUGUGGCAUUAGCUCCUCGUGGAGAGCGUGCCCAGUGGCUGCUGCGCAUCCAAGUCGGGACACAACAGAUCUCUCCGCUGUCUUGGGCUAUCGAAAGUGGCAGUCUUGAGGCUGCGCGUGCAAUGAUCCAGGACCUGCUUACGAUAAGAGCUGACCGAGAGAGGUAUUACUUCGGAGUUGAUGCUCUUUUCCAAGCUCAUGGGGACAUAGUGGAGCGGCUCUGUGCAGAUGCCCUUCAGCUGUUGCCCGCACUUCUUGACGGCCUGGUUUGGCGCUCCAAACGCGCAAUCAACGGCGCCAGGCGAGUGAACUUCUACAUGAAGCACCUCGUUGUGAACAAGGAUGGUGCAUUUUCGGCUGCACUCAAGGCCAUCGCGGAUGCAAAGGAUGUCAAGAUCAUCUCCCACCAAGUGGUGGUGCAGAUUUCUGACACCUUGUGGUCAGGCGUCGUUCGGCGACAGUUCACGUUCUCCAAGAUAAGCUUUUUGUUCAGCCUCGUCGUCUUCAUGCUUAGCCAGGCGAUUCUGCCAAAAACUGAAACAGCAGAGGAGUUCAACAUGCGGAUCGCAAUUUUCAGUGGCCGCUUGAUAAACUAUGCCUUCAGUAUGGCACGGCUUCUGGUCUUCCAUCUGCGCCGGAUCGUGAAAGCAUUCCGCACGGGAGCGACAAUGAAAGUGGGACGAGUGCCCAUCCCAGAAUACCUGAAAGAUGAGGAUGCCAAAUUGGGCUUCAUCUUGCUUUGCAUGCUUGUCGCCAUGUGUGCAAGUGAGCCGAUGUUCUACUGUGCACCAGACAUCAUGACGACAGGACCCAGUGAGACCUGUGAGGCAGCCAGCGCUGUCAUGCCCUUGUACAUACUCUUCUCCAUGGGUGCCAUGGUUUUGCACUGGCUGCUCGUCAUCAACCUGUCGGUCUUCGCGACCAAGCUUGCUGCAUUCGUUCUUGUGUGCCGCGAAGUGCUCUCCGAAGUGGGGAAGUUUAUGGUUGCCAUCAUUUUCAUCCUGAUCACCUUCAGCAGUGCAAUUGCCACCUUGAGGCAUGAAGUGGCGGAGUUCAGGACGCUUCCGAAAGCAGCGAACUGUUUGUUUGCCACGACGGUUGGCAUCUACGAGGGCGACUACAGGGAGAUGAUGCACCAACCUGCGCUUCUAGCGCCAGUCUUGUUGUUCAUCACCGUGUCAGCCAUCCUGCUGAUCAACCUUUUGAUCGCUCAGCUGAACUGUUCAUACGACUACGUGUAUGGUGAUAUGCUGGGCUUCGCCCGCUUGGCACGGGCGUCUUUGAUUGUCGAUUCAAUGGCAGCAUGCCCUCCUGCGAGAUUUUCCAGAUUUGUUGCGGGCUUACGCUUCGAUCAACUGCUGGAGUUUGACGAGGGUGGGCUUGGGCGGAGGCAUCCAGAUUCGCUGCGCCCUGAGGUGAUCCGAAGUGCAUCCGUUUGGCACAGUAUCAGCCACUGGCAAGGUGCGGCCUUUGACUGCUUUGACGGAGUCACGUCGAAGAGCGCAUGGAUUUUCGUGGAUGGCGCCUGGCAAGACUUCAAAGUGCGGCAUACGGCAGAGUUCUCAGAGCCCAUGGCCCAUGGUGAGGUCGGCCCCGGGGAAGCUGAAGAGGAUGUUCUGCUACGAGUGCCACUCGACUUGGAAGUGCCGAGCGACGUGACCUUGCGAACCCUCCAACACCUUCUCUCCCAGCAGCUGGAGGAGGCAGGAUUACAAGCCCUUCGUCCUCCCUCUGCGUUGUUUCUCGCACUGAACGGCCACCUUUGCGUCGACCCCAAAGCACAGCCCUUGCGGAAUCUGGUCCCUGGAUCUGUGGUCUCCCUCGUCGAGGACCUGGGAGAGGCGCAAGAGGUGGCCCGGCUGGGCUUGUGCUUGAAUGCCGUCCAGCUACUGCAGGUUCAAUACCCUACAUUUGCACCGCCCGGCCAACAAGGUCAUCAGAGGAAGAUGCCAGAGGAGGUCUUGCGAGAAAAGAGGCAGCGCCUCUACAAGACGCAGCCGUGUGCGAAUUAUGCAGCGGAGGACAUUGCACUUUUGGCCGCAAGUGCCACUUCGCACAUGGAGAACAUGAGCUGCGUCUUCCUGGCAAAGUUGAAGGCAGCCCUAGCACAUCGAUCUCCAGCUGGAAUAAAGAAAAAAGCGACGGAUCCUGGCAAGAGAGGAGCCAAUGGCCAGAGGAGUCCAGGAAGUGGGGAGACGCUGCCGCUGGCGGCGCCAGCGGGUGGAGGCGGAGUGAGCAGGACUGGCAGCAGGACUGGCAAGAUCGAACCGAAAGCGAUUGGUCUUGGUCCGCAAAUGGCUGGGACUGGUGCAGCUCGGAGGCGAGAGACUGGUGGGAAGAUACCAGCUGGCGACGGUCGGACUGGCAAGAUUGUCAAGAUGGCCAGUGGGAGCGCGACGCUGAUGCCAUGGCGGCUGGAAGCGAUUCUGGCACUGUCAGAAAUGUGGGGCAGGUCGACGGUGGUAAGACAGAUGCUCCGUGUAUUCAGCGGACCGACGGAAGCGAGGAAUCUCGAAGCGAUGUGGUCCAUCAACUUCAAAGACAAACUGGAGACUUGCGAGGCCGUGAACGCCACGACAAGUCUGACCGGAACCAAGUCCAAGAAUUUGGCCGAGGUGGUGCUCGAAGCUUGUCCAGGGAAAGGCAAGGGCUUGUACUGGUGCGGAGCCCGUUCCGUUCAACAAAAAACCGGGGAAAUGGCAGGGAUCGACGCCGGCGUGGCAGGCGGACAGUACUGGUCAGAGCUGAGCUCAGCCGAGCGUGGCACAGAGUGUCAGAAUUCGGGCUCGGGCAGGUCUCCCUCUCCAAGACGUCUGCGCCCUCAGCAGGCGAUCCCCCGCCAGAGCUUGGGAUGCUUCGUGCUUGGCCUCGAAAGCUCUGCUGCAGGCUCGAUCGCUCCGAUCCCGGAGCCGGAGCCGUGGCCGGAGCCGCGGGCGGAGCCGCGGGCGGAGCCGCCGGCAGCGACGGAGCCGAGACCGGAGGCCCCGUUAGAGAGCCGGAAAGGAAAAGAAAAGUGA